ACGUGAGAAGGAGGGGUAGAGAGAGCAAAGCAGAAGCCUCGAGAGCGCUGGAGGAGAGACUCGUAGUGACAGAAGGGUCAGAGGGAGCGGUAGAGAGAGAAAGGAAAAAAAGAAUGAAGGGCUAAAAAAAGAAAAAGAAAUGGAAGGAUGAGAGAAAGGGAUAAAGAUGUGGCAGUGAAAUUUCCAGAGCUGGAUAGACACAUCUAAAGAUAGGAAAGAAGAUAAGCAUGGAGUAACUAAUACUCGAUGUCUGUGUGAGGUGUUCUGACUGACGGAGAUUGGGAGAUGCCCUACUGGUGGAUUAUGACAGAUGAAAGUAAGGACGAGUGUGUUUUAGCGUAAGGCUUGAGUGAGGGAGAGCGUAAAGUGUAGGGGCAUCCAGGGUCAACGUGAAGUGAGGCUCGGUUCAGUUCACGCUUCAUCACAUACUCUCUCAUCAUGGGAUUUUAGAAGCUCUCCAUCCACAAGACCUCAUAGUAGGAUCACGCAGUCUCUUCUACCCCUUCUCUCUUUCACUUCCUCCUGUUGCUGAUCAUCUCCAGAGAGAGAAAGAGAGAGAGAGAGAGAGAGAGAACGAGCCUCGUGGAUCCUGAGGAGGUCUGAGGAGCGCCGAGGCAGUACGUAGUGUUCGGUGGAUGCCUCUAGUAUCCAGCCAUGGGGGAAUGGACCAUCCUCGAACGCCUCCUAGAGGCUGCCGUUCAACAGCACUCUACUAUGAUUGGGAGGAUUCUACUGACGGUGGUCGUGAUCUUCCGGAUCCUCAUUGUAGCCAUUGUGGGUGAGACGGUGUACGAGGACGAACAGACAAUGUUCAUAUGUAACACACUUCAGCCCGGCUGCAACCAGGCCUGCUACGACAAGGCCUUCCCCAUCUCACACAUCCGCUACUGGGUCUUUCAGAUCAUCCUGGUGUGCACGCCGAGUCUGUGCUUCAUCACGUACUCUGUGCACCAGUCAGCUAAACAGCGCGAUCGCCGCUAUUCCUUCCUCUACCCAAUGCUGGAAAAGGACUACACCCGAGAAGGCACCCGCAAAGUGCGCAACGUCAACGGCAUCCUGGUGCAGCACCCAGACAGCAGCGGUGGCAAAGAUGAGCCCGACUGCCUAGAGGUCAAAGAGAUCCCUAAUGUAGCACGUGGCCUGACCCACAGCAAGAGCUCCAAAGUACGUCGGCAAGAAGGUAUUUCUCGUUUCUACGUCAUCCAGGUCGUGUUCCGUAACGCCUUGGAGAUCGGCUUCCUGGCAGGCCAGUACCUCUUGUAUGGCUUCAGCGUACCACGCAUUUUUGAGUGUGAUCGCUACCCAUGCCUAAAAGAAGUGGAGUGCUAUGUGUCACGCCCCACCGAGAAGACAGUCUUCCUGGUGUUUAUGUUUGCCGUGAGUGGUAUCUGUGUGGUGCUCAACCUGGCUGAGCUCAACCAUCUGGGCUGGAGGAAGAUCAAGACGGCCAUCCGGGGUGUCCAGGCACGCCGCAAGUCUAUCUGUGAGAUCCGCAAGAAGGACAUGGCGCAUUUGUCACAGCCUCCCAACCUGGGCAGGACCCAGUCCAGCGAGUCAGCUUACGUUUGAUCCUCUAUUACCAUCUUUAAAAUGGAGUCAGGGGGUUGAAUCCUGAUAGUAAGGGAUAGGGAGUAGCCUUACCAAACCAAACCCCAUUUCCACCAACCACUCCAUUCCCAUGUGUUAGAUAGUGUUGUGAUGUUGCAUGAGAGGGAUGAUGGGGAGAGUGCAAGAGGGAGAGUAAACAUAUAUUCUGAGAUUCUUGUUUCUGGAGAGUCUCAAGGAUAAUACGAGGGCUGGGAGAGGACAGAAGAGCGGAAGAGCCGUCAGGAAAAGGUGACAGACUUCCACUGCAACAUGCUACAGGAACAACAAUGUCUUGGAUCACCUUAUAACUACUCCUGUUAUUUUCUGGAAAAAAAAAAUUGCAUGAGAGUGUCAUUCCUGCCAUGGAUCAUUGUCAUGGAAGAAAAUGACUGUUUAUGCUCGGUUUUGUCCCUGAGUCUUGCUAAAGAAAAUAAUGUGGGGUUAUCUAACAGAUAUUUAACAGAUAUUUGCUUCGUUGCUCCUUUUCUUCUCUCCCAGUCUACUUCAUGUAAACUUGAUGGCACCUUUAUAUCACAGUGCCCUGCCCCAAGAUGUCCUCUGUCUUUGUUUUAGUCUAUCAUCCCUACAUAUCGUAUCAUAAAGAAGAGAAAGAGAAAAAAGAGAAAAGUGCACGCAGAAAUGAGUAAAAAAAAUGGUUAUAUCUUUAUACUUUGAGAUAUUAUGUAGUGCCAUGAUUUUAAAUGACUUCAUUUCAACUAUAUAUAUAUAUAAUUCGCUAUUUAGUUACCAAAUCAUUAUAAAAAUAGAAUGAUUUAGCUUUAUCGGAAGAUGGGAUGAAGCUUGUAAUUUAUUCAGAGAUUUCAUAUAUACAAAUAACUCUUAUCUAAUAAUUAUUUCAAAGCUUUUCUUUCUGCAUUUAUGAGGAAAAAAGGAAGCUAUUAUAAAGGUAUGACAUUGAAAAAGGCAUGUUUACAAAGCACACUCUGUUGUGCAAAUGAAAUGUGUUGUUUUGUUGUGAGGGAGCUUUUAUUAUUUGAUUAUUAGCUUUCGUCCGUCCGUGGCGUGUUUCGAAUUGCAUGCCUUUUACGAGAAAAGAAAGAGAGGAAUCAUGCAUGUACACAUUGCACCUUGUUUAUCAGAGAGACGGGGAGAGAGCGGCUGAGAGAGAGAGAACUCACUCAGGGAAGGGGUCUGCUGAUAAUGCUCUUACAGCAAGAUUUCGUUUAGUUCACUAGCCAAAGAGACAAGAGUGCAGAGGACAUGGAGGCAGCCUUGAGGGUUACGUCUAUAAGAAGUGACACGCACAAGCUCGACUGCUCUAAAGAGACUUCUUAGCCUUUAGUGGAGAUAAAGAUGGAAAGGAAUGACAAUACUUAAGACCACUCCACUUUUAGUGUCCUUACUUAGUACUGAGUACAUUUAGUGUCUUUGUGUGUGUGUGUGUGUGUGUGUGUGUGUGUGUGUGUGUGUGUGUGUGUGUGGUCUGAUCCAUUGGUAAUGCUUGGGUUAAAACAAGGUUUAAGGUGUCCCAUGUCCAUGCACACACACAUGUACACACUCGGAGCUAAUAUUUCAAUGAGACACAAUUAGGUCUAUAUUAUCAACACUCGAGCAUAAGUGCUUGAGCAUGCACUCCACAGAUAGUGAUGAAACAGUGCAGAGAGCUAGCACAGGCGUGGAGACAAACCACAGACUGACAGAAAACUGCCAGGAGAAAGUCGGAGGGAAAAAAAAGAGAGACAGUCACAUGUUCUUUUUCUGGUGUGUCACAUACACAAGCCUCUUUGAGAAAGAGGAACUGUUUAGGUUUGGAGCAACAAAAGCUGCAGUCUAGCCAUAACUCAGCUCAUGUUUUAGCUCAUGAUCUCCAGCCAGGAGAAGGUUGAUCUGUAUGUCCUACUUUAAUUAAAAUAGUGAAAUCAAUGUGAUUAAAAGGGCAGAAUGAGUUUAUUUACGUCUUUAACAUCGGUAUUUCGGAUGCUCCUGUUUCUCCUGCAGCCAUUAAGCCAAAAUUUGCUUAGAAUCAAUACAGUGGAAAAGGCAACAAAAUAGAUUUUUACAUAAGGACAGAUUGGAAAUCCAUUUAUUUAACAAAGGCAAAUUUGACUCGCAUUAGUAUUAGCUGGAAAACCAAACGCUUUGCCUUCUUUUCUACGGAGCUGGCUCUUAAAUGACUUUGGCAGAAAGUAAAGGAACUAUUUAAAGCCAAGGCUUAGUGUUCCUUCUUUAUUAGGGGAACAGGUGAGAGAAAGCUGGGCAGCUAACAUUAGCAACUAUAUUAGUAACCAGACAAAGACAUCAGCAACUCACUAUAAUUGGGCUAUUAUGAGAGAAACAUCAAAGUCUGACCAGGUGCUUCCCUAAGUGAGCUUUUCUUCAGUUCCUCUCCUACAGUUCUUCAACUCCUCUCCUCAGUCUCUUCUUCUACUACCUUUAUCAGUAUUUAAAUACAAAGAGAGAAGCAGAAUUUAUGCAAAUGCUUUUGCUAUUUUUUCUUUCUUUUGGCUUGUGUAUUGUUCUCUGUAUUUUCAUUGUUGUGGUGUUUCCCAGCCUGGUCUUCAGGAACCACCAGAUGGUCCUGAUUGCUGCUCUUUCUGAGCUUCUGAAAACAUGGCCUAAGCCAAACAAUCAAACAUGUGCUGUUAUUUUUGAAAGUGUUGGCAGUCGUGCUUAUCCAGUGCUUUGGUGAUUAGCUGGAAAUCAUACAUGCCCUUAUGCUAGUGCAGAUUGGCUUAAGUCUAAAGAUGCCAACACAUUACAGCACUGCCAAUCAUGGGUCAGGAAAUAAGUUCUUACAGUACAUAGUGUACUUUUUUCAUGUUGAGUGUUAAUCUAAGUGCUCAUAAGUCUGCAAUCUGCAUUUAAGCAAAGGAAGGGACAAGGCAUUUCGGGAAGACUUCAUCCACAACCACGUGCCAGGAUUUAGGAGUCUGGAUGCUUGUCUUUCUUGUUUGUUAAAGCAGGGCCAUACUUGUAUUUCAAAGGGUUUGAGGUACACUGUGGGAUUUCACCUUUGUCAUUAAGUAGGCUGGUAGUUACAGCCUCAGACUCUCUGUGAACCAUGACAUCUUUUGUACACUUAUCUGGCCACAAGAUUCAGAAUCUUAGAGAUUGCAAUCUGAUUGCAUCUUCAUGCAUCUGUAUACAGACUUUUACAUAUCUAGAACAGGGGUCGUCAAAUGGUGGACCAUGGUCUGCAUGCGAACCCUGUAAAGUAUUUCAGCGGACCGAACCAAGUACUAGAAAAAUAUUGUAGCAGAGAUGAAAACACUUGCCAUUGUUCAAUGACUUUCGUUUACUAAAUCUGAACCAGCUCGACUUCUGUCAUGCUUUAUCCAAUCACGUGCAACUAUGUAAAUGAUUUUACAUAAGAGCCUAAUGCGAAUACGUCAGAAAGGGGUUAAUUUUCACAUUUCAUUUACUCUCGAUUGUCUGAUUUGUGAAUUGAUGGCAUCACUACGAUUUUAAAACAAAAGUCAACAGAAAAAAAAGAUUAUUUCAAGAAAUUUGGACAGAGAAGUAUGAGUUUAUUCUCCACCUGUGAGAGUCUGGUAAUGUAAAGUACCACUACAAAACCUUCAAAUUCAAAUUGUCUUAUUUAUAGCCAUAAACAAAACAUGAAGCAUGGUUAAGCGUUAUAAUGUAACAGUUGUCGCAAUUUUAGUAGUAGCUUAUCUGGAAUUUUGUAAACAAGGAAUUUUAUGCAGAUAGAUUUUAAUGCAGAUUUUAUUACAGAUUUUAGUUUAAAACCCCUGAACUAAGCUUUUUGGAGCUAGAUAUAGAAAAAAUCUGACUCUGUAGCAAAGAAUAUAUGGUCAGCUGGUUUGGAAGCUGGUAGAGAGCAAAAAUAGCACUGCCUGGAGGUUUGCCUAAGGGCUGAUUUGGGAAACACUUCUGUACUGUAAAGUGAAGUGAUGUUAAGAGCUUUGGGGCAUUUGCAUUAAGAAAAGAGGGUAAUAUGCCUGGGGAGUGGAAAUAUACAUAUCCCUCACCAAAGUACUGUAAUAUGCAACUUACUUCUUGAAUUUGGGGUUUUAAAGACAUUAAUAGGCUUGGAUAUGUGCAUGCUUUAAGGAAUGUGGCUGGAAUGAACUUGUUUUGUAAUUUCUUUUUAAAGGAAAAAAAGCUAAAGCUAAGCUUUUUUUGUUUUUUUCACUUUUUUUCAAGACUAGUUCUACUUAAUAGCAGAGUUUCAGCCCUGGUCUGUUAGUUAGGCAAAGUAGACCAACUGAAAAUUAUGGUAGCUCAAUCAUAACAACUAAUUAUGCACAAAGUGCAAUAUUAUCAUUUGAACAAAAAAUAUAUGUAUGUGCUGUGUUUUUUUUUUUUAAUUUUUAUUCUUUUAUUUUGGAGAAUGUGGUGUUUAUGAGAAGAUUAUCGGACAUUUUGUCUUGUCACAUCAUGUCUACAGCCCCUCACUGCCACAGUGUUUUCUAGGGUUCGAUUUUAUGUUGUUUUCUCGAUCUUUUGGAGACAUAAUUGAUGUGUUUGUAGCCGUGAUCUGAGCAUUCUGUCGACUCUAUAACCUUAAUCACUGCCACUGAUCGGUCCUUCACUUUUGAAGUGAGGACGUUUUCUACUAUUACAGGAGGUCAUAAGGUUGAUGGAGCGCUCAGAGAAAGUAGUGGACCAGCAUUAAUGUCUACUGCACAUGCAAAAAAUGUCUCAGGUAUGUUUUUUUUUUUUAAUCUGCCACUUGGAGGUACAUCGUUUUUACUUUUUCUACAUUUAAUACUCAAAUGUAUCUUAGUAAAAAGCCAUUUGGGAUUGUACCCACUUUUUUUUUUUUAAAAAGUUGUUACUGGCCAACUGUAAAACCUGUAAUCUCUGUGUUGUGCAGCACGUAUUAAUGCAUUCAAAGAUGAACAAAAAAGCUUGUUUUUUUAACUUUUCAGCCAUGCCAAGGGACAGUGAUGUUGAAUAUGACUGUUCAAACAACAGUGUUUUAUAAGCACACACAGCACAUACAAUGCGAAGUCUACAAUCUUAUAUUGCCACGUAUUAAUCCCUUUAAAAGAACCAUCAUGAUGUACUAAUGUGCUCUCUCUGUGCUCAUGUAUCUAACCACAACCCACUCAAUCCAGCAUGUAGCCUCUUAUUCCAGUAAAUACUAUUAAAUCACAGAGAUUUCCUCGCUGUUUACGUUUGUUGGGUUGGCGCUGGGUUGGUUGUUCUGUUCUUGGUAAAAUGUUGCCUCUUAAGUAGAUCCAAGACUAGUUUUUCAUCCCUAAAUCCUGGUGAAAACUGGCUUUGUAGUGCAUCUACCAAUUUGGAAGAAAGUGCUGGGCACGGAGAGAGCAACAAACAAUGUCAGGGUACUUUCUAGUAACCAGGGUAGCAACAUAAUUUUCAGAUCACUGCCUCCCAACAUGCCGUUUUUGAAAUUUUAGAGCACUUGAACAGCAUUCCAUGUGUAUCUGAGCAUACGACACUUCUAACACCAUUGUUGAGCAUUGGUCUAGUACCAUAUUCAAUGAUAGCAGAGUUUAUAAGGACAUAUCAGAAAGAUCAAUUCUUACAUUUUUACAUGAGGGCUAAAUAACAACAAAUUCACCAAACAAUUGAAAUCGCUACAUUAAUUAUUAAAUAAAACCAAUCAUACCAUAGUAAGAGCCAACAUUCUUUAAAACCUGGAUUCUUAGACUCUAUCUAGUCUUGAUCCCUUAAUAGAUUAGUUCAAUGCAACAAUUCUUUUUAGUAAUGCUGGUGUAAAUUCGCAUGAGUCUGUACAAAGAAUUUCUGCAUUUAACCGAGUCCUGGAGUUGCUCCUCUAAUCCCCAAAAGGCAACUUCUAACUUCAGUCAUGUCACAAUAGAAAAGAUACAAAGCCAUAGCAGAACUUUAAUGGGCAGUUUGUAAGGUCUUUUUAAUUUUUUCCCUCCAUUUUCUUCCCAAUUUGCUCACCUGUUAAUUCCCACCCACUAUCCAGCUCUCACCUAACACAUAACAGCUACCAACUGGGGAGUUUAAAGGCUAACACAUACGUCUUCUGAGACAUGUGAAGCCAGCCAAAUGUAUCUUUUCAAGCCGCCUGAGCACAGUGUAACACACUUGGAGGAAAACGCUUUCUGCCUUCUUCUGCAUACAUGAGCUCACAGACCCCCAUGAUUGGCUAGUUUCACUGUGAUUGACAGGGGAAAGAGAGUAUGCCAUCCCUCCCACCCAGAAAGCCCAGCCAAUUUUGCUCCAUUGUGGCUCCCAUCCACAGAUGGCUGUGGCAUUGUCAGGAUUCGAACGUGCAAUCUCUCAAUGAUUGGGCAAAUGCUUUUCUGUGUGUAUGUUGCACCACUCAGGAGCUCAGUUUGUAAUUUCUAAACAUGUUUUACACAUGAUAAACUGAUAGUAUUUCAAAAAUACUUUAGAACAACUGUCAUUCAUAAUAUUUUGUUACAUUUAUGCCUUUUUUUGUUAAAUUUUUCUGGUCUGGAAAUCAUCUCCAUCAUCUCCAAUCAUAGUUGGUUCUAUUUCCCUUAAUAUAAAGAAAUUAAGUAAUUUCAACCACAGUGGGCAUGGUGGUGCAAAGGGUAGUGUUGCUGCCUCCUAGCUCCAGGGUCUAUGGUUCGAUCGUGAUUGUGGGUUACUGUCUGUAAAGACUUUUACAUGUUCUGCAGGUUCUCUGGUUUCCUCCUACCUUCAGUAACAUGACAGUAGUUGGUUUGGCUACUCUUAAUUGCUCUAUGUGUGAAUGAGUGAUUUCCUGCAAUGCUUUUGGGAAGCUCUCAGGCCCUGCUCAGGCUGUUUUCCUUCCACAAGUCAUGCAUAUUUUAACAGAAAUGGGGGUGGGGUCAGAUGGGAUGGAAAGAACACCUGUCAAAGUUUUCCUUGCAAUCGCAAUUUGCCCUACAGACAGCACAGGGCUCAAACCGCUCCUUUAAGGGCAUUUAAAGGAUACUGAGACAUUUAAGAAUACAUAGAAUUUAAGAAUCCAUGAGUUUGACUUUUUCCUAAAGCCAUAUAAAGAAAAAGCUGGUGUUUGUGUAUGCAACUUAUUGCACUGGCAUUACAGCAUCAUAAACACCAUAAAGUUUCAGGAAGAAAUACAAUCUGUACUAAUAAACACUAUGGCUCCAUGCUGGAAGCAGGAUUUAUUGGUCAUUAUGCACAUCUAGCUUUUUAAGGUUAGUCUGCACCUUGAGACCGUUAUGUCAUGAUAUCAAUCGUAUAAUGAUUUACUCAUGAGUAGGGGUUUGGAUUUGUGUACAAUGCGCACUGGAUUUUUAAAAACCAGUUUUAAAAGUUUUAAAAAUAUCAUUUUUUUUAAUUCUCGGAAAAGAGUUGGAAUAACAUCAAGUCAUACAAAUAUGUGCACAAACCUCACUCGCCAAAAAUAAUAAAGUCGUACAUGUCUUCGCUGUCUAAAGCUGCCGCAAAAAUAAACAUUCAGAAGUCUAUCUUUAACCAAGAAGUGAAAUUGUCACAAACAGCUGCCAAAGUGGCAGCCUGCUGUACUUGUUAAUAUAGACACAGCUGCGCUCUACUCUUCACAUUCUUCACACAUUUUAAACAUUCAGGUUUGCUGAGCCAUCUGACACAUAUUUAGUCUAUAAAAAUCUCAUCCAUAGCCUUAGCUAGGGUUCUUCAGAAUUUCUUCAAUGUACUCGUUUCUAAUUUUUAGAAGAAAAGAAAAAUCUGUUGUUUGGAUCACAGAUGUUUUAUAUCUGAAUGAAUUUAUGUAUGUUUCUGACUUGUGUACUGUACAUAAUGAGUGAAUUAAACACCUUGAAUGUUGAAUGAGA